GUCCGUCUCCCCAAGACCCGAAGGAUCAGGCCUAGGCCUGGUCGGCAGGCUGCCUCUCCUCCCCGUUUCGGAUCGGAUCCAGAAUUUUAGGUCUCAGACAUGCCCAGCUCUGCUAGCCAGGCUCCCGGAGGAUCAUGACUGCAGCGGCGAACUGGGCAGCCAACGGGGCGAGCCUGGAGGACUGCCACUCGAACCUCUUCUCGCUGGCUGAACUAACUGGCAUCAAAUGGCGUCGCUACAAUUUCCAGGGUCAUGGCGACUGCAGCCCAAUCAUCUCUGCUCCAGCCCAAGACGACCCCAUUCUUCUGAGUUUCAUCCGUUGCUUGCAGUCCAACCUGCUGUGUGUGUGGAGACGUGAUGUCAGACCUGAAUGCAAAGACUGCAAAGAGCUGUGGGUCUUCUGGUGGGGAGAUGAACCAAAUCUUGCUGAUGUCAUACAUCAUGAGCUCUCCAUGCAGGAAGAGGGACUGUGGGAAAAUGGGCUUUCCUAUGAGUGUCGGACACUACUCUUCAAGGCCAUUCACAAUCUUCUGGAAAGAUGUUUGCUGGAUAAAGGUUUUGUGCGAAUUGGAAAGUGGUUUGUGAAGCCUUGCGAGAGGGAGGAAAAACACGUGUCGAAAAGCGAGAACCUCUCCUGCUCCUUUACCUUUUUUCUCCAUGGAGAAAGCAGUGUUUGCACAAGUGUGGAGAUUGCUCAGCACCAGCCAGCGUAUCUCAUCAACCAACAUCAUCUCCAUCUGGCUCAGACCUCCCACACGCCAUGCCAAGUGAUCCUGAGCCCUUAUGGGUUGAGUGGUACCCUUACUGGGCAUGCUUAUAAAACCUCUGACCCCACCACGCGCAAACUGCUGGAGGAAUGGCGACCUUUUUACCCUACUGUGUUGUCUGCCAGAAAAGAACAACAGGAAGAUCAGGAAAUGCUUUAUGAUGAUGACUUUCCUGCAGCAGUGGAAGUAAUCAUAGGUGGUGUUCGGAUGGUGUACCCCUCUGCGUUUGUUCUUAUUGCGCAAAGUGAUCUGCCUGUUCCACCCAGCACUGGAGUCUCUGCGCAUAAUACCGCAAGUAUACAGCAAAACACCGCUGCUACUAAAGACCCCAGCCCAUGCAGAAUGCCACUAACUCCGCCCACUUCACCAGAUCAGACUGUACCUGGGGAAUUUAGGCCACUGUCGGCAAAUGGGAGCAACCAAGCAACAGCGGACAUUGCCAGCAAUACAGGGCACAGUCCAAAGCGUGCAGGAAGGAGCUAUUUGAAGCUGCGAAGUCACAUGACACAGAGAGCAUGGAGGGAAUGCAUCUUGAACAGAAACCCAUCCAGGGUAUCUGGUGCCAUCACGCAGGAAGAAGAGGUAUCAGUGAGUAGAACAUGUUGGGAUUUUGUGGAUUCUACCCAGAGGGUUAGCUGUUUAUGCUCCAGGCACAAGCUGGCCAAGCAGCGUGGUGCACAAAGUGCAAGUCGUCCUCCUUCGGUCUCCCAGGCAUGUGUGGGAGGUACUCCCUCCUCUACUAACUCUUCCCUUCAACCUUCUGCAUCUUCCAAGCACAAACCUAAUGAUCGCCAGGAGAAGGCAGAGAAACUGCAGAAAAAAGCCACUACUCCUUUUCACCACCGCCCAUCUCCCAUGCAAAAUGAGUGUUUGACGCAGGAACAAACUGUGCAGCAACGCCAAGUAGCAGAGCCUGCAAGUGGGCCACCAACCACAAAUAGGCAGUUCUCGACUGGCCCCCCUGCUGGGGAAAUCGAACAGCUGUUACCAGAACAUCCUACAGAUUCCCCACAUUCACCUGCUUCCCCCAUGCCCCCGACACUAAGUCCGCAGCCACCACAACAUGAGGUUGAAGUGCCUGAUCAAGACGUGGCGGUCUCAAAUCUUUAUCCUAAUGGUUUGGAAAUGCAGCCACUUGAUGACAGGACGAUAAUGGCCACUGGCCUUGGCUUGCCAAUGAUGGCAGAAAUGAGUGAAACAAGUUUGUAUUGUGCUGGGCUCCCUCAGAACCGUCAAGCAGAGAACAAAUGGCAGGGAUACAGGAUUCCAAAUGUAGACAGCCAAGACUUUCGUCCACCAGAAAUCCAGGGAGAAUGGUACGAGACCAAGUCGGAGGUGGGAUCUGAGAGUACUGCACUUAAAAGGCUCCUGUCUCAGCCCAACAGACGCUUCAAAGUCUUGGAUGAGAAGCGACAGGUUGUAGCAGAGAAUAACUAUGGGGAACAGCUUCCUCUUCAUCCUUGUGAAGGUUUUGGUGACUCCUCUGAUCCUUAUACAUUUGAAGAUGGAGAUAUAAAGUACAGUUUCACUACCACAAGCAAGAAAUGCAAGAUGGGAGCAGAACGGGACCCUUCUAGGAAGCAUAAGGGGGAGGAGGAGGAGUUUGACAAGGAUGCAUCGCCAGAAGACCACUCUGUACCAGUGCCUGAUGGGAAAGAUGCCAUGUCCAUUUUUAGUCCCACAUCUAAGACAGACCCACGGCAGGACCGCGGGGUAGCAGCUAGCCUAACGCAGGUCACUGACUUGGCUCCCUCCCUGAAUGAUCUGGACAACAUUUUUGAUAAUUCUGAAGAUGAGGACCUAGCUGGUUCACCGGGGACCCGAGCAGUGAAGGUGCCAAUAGGAGGGGCAGAAGAUCGAAGAGAUCGAAGGGAUGAGGGAAGAACAGCUGUUCCAUAUCUACCAACAGCGUCUGACCUGCAGAGAAUGUUUCCUACUCCACCAUCUCUGGAGCAACACCCGGCAUUCUCCCCCAUCAUGGUAUACAAGGACGGUGUAGGUUCAGACACUGCAACAGCUCUUGGCAUGAUGGAAAGCCCUAUGGUCAGUUUUGUCUCUAUGCAACACAUAGAGUUCAAGGUGGAAGUCGAGGAAGGCCUAUGCAGUCCAAAGCCAGAAGAAAUUAAGGACUAUUCCUUUGUGUACAAAGUUCCUUCUUAUCAAGCUUUUUUGGGCUCCUCUAUGUUUGCGCCUUUAAAAUCUUUACCCAGCCAGUGCCUGCUUUCCUUGAAAAUCCCAGAUGCUUGCAUAUAUCGUCCUUCCUGGGCUGUUCCCCCAAAGGUACAACACCUUCCUUUACCGCCAGCUGCUCCUUUCAACAGAGAUGGCUACAUGAAUGUGCCAAGCGAGGGCAGUCUGACGGAUCCUGACUACCUGCAGCUAAACACUCCACAAACCAACACUCCAAUUGCUCCUUGCAGUGCGGCUCCUGCCAGCAAUGGGGGAACUGGUGGCGUCUUGCCUUCUCCAGCCACUCCACGUUUUUCUGUUCCUACUCCCCGUACACCAAGAACUCCUAGAACUCCAAAGGGAGCUGGAGGAGCCAGUGGACAAGGCUCUGUAAAGUAUGACGGCACAGACCUCUGUUCUCCAGCUUCCACCCCAUCCACCACCAGGCCCUUGAGUUCUGUUGACCCAGCCAGUAGUCAUCCAGCUCCUGAGGCUCACAGCCUGUAUGUUACUUUACUUCUGUCUGACUCUGUUCUAAACAUCUUCAAGGAUAGAAAUUUUGAUAGCUGUUGCAUAUGUGCCUGUAAUCUUAACAUCAAAGGAUCUGAUGUAGGUACCUACAUUCCAGACUCCUCGAAUGAAGACCAGUAUCGCUGCACCUGUGGAUUUAGCGCCAUUGUCAACCGUCGACUUGGCUACCACUCUGGGCUCUUUAUAGAGGAUGAGAUGGACAUUUUUGGCAAAUCAUCUUAUAUUGGACAGGCAGUGGAACGAAGGUUUAACAUGAAGGAAGCUGCAAGGAGGAGCCAGGAACCACCUCCAUCUGCCCUGCUUAUGCUUCUCCAAAGUCAGUGCACUAAACCUUUCGCAAACAAUGGAGGUACAUGGGACCUAUUAUACAACAAAGGAGAAUAUCUUGAUGGAACCUCCUGCAACUAUGAGAAAGUAAGAGUAGAGAGCUCUGAUGCCUGGCCAGAGUGUUUAAAUGCAUUGGAACAGGGAAGACAAUACGUGGACAAUCCAACUGGGGGACGGGUUGACGAAACUUUGGUUAGAAGUGCUACCUUCCACCUUUGGCCACACAGCAAUGUGCUUGAUGUGAGCAUGCUUCCUUCUCAGGAUGUAGUACGCACGCUGCUAUCACUUCAACCUGUUCUACAGGAUGCUAUCCAAAAGAAAAGGACAGGACGGACGUGGGAGAAUAUCCAGCAUGUGCAGGGCCCCCUUACAUGGCAGCAAUUUCACAAAAUGGCUGGACGUGGAUCCUAUGGAUCUGAAGAAUCUCCAGAGCCACUACCUAUACCCAACCUAUUGGUUGGUUAUGACAAAGACUUCCUGACCAUUGCUCCUUUCUCUCUUCCUUUCUGGGAGCGUCUGCUUCUAGAGCCCUUUGGUGGGCAGCAAGAUGUAGGUUACUUGGUGUUGUGUCCUGAAAAUCCAGCACUACUAAAUGGAGCAAAAUCUUUCUUCAGUGACCUCAGUGCAGUAUAUGAGAUGUGCCGUCUGGGACAGCACAGGCCAAUCUGUAAAGUUCUAUGUGAUGGAAUUAUGAAGGUUGGUGGUUCUGGAUCUGAAACAUCAACUGAGGAUACAACUACAGAGGAAAUGGACAACCAUGCUCAGUUGCGGAUGUAUGCUGAAACUUGUCGACAGCAUUUGGCUCCUUAUCUGUCUUCGCUACAACUGGACAGUAGUUUACUAUUACCGCCUAAAAGCCAAUCUCCUAGUUCACAAGGAACGCAGAGCCCACCUGCACCUCCAUGCCCUUCCAAUCCACCUGCCAGUUCUACUCCUAACGGUACUGGGACAACACAUCUUGCACAGCAGGCACCUUCCUCUUCAGUGCCAGUAGGAAAUAGCACAGCUUCUUCUGCAUUCAACAGCUGUCCAACCCAGAAUUCCUCCAAUUCUGGAGAGCGGCCAUCGGGAAGCCAAACCAGCAGUGAGGUGGAAUCCAACCCGCCUUCUACACAGCCAGAAACCCCCGAAAAUGCAGCAGAAAGGGAGAAAAUCGGCAUCCCAACUGUGGCUGAGCCAACUGCAGUCCUAACUUCAUACCCCACUGUUGUAAUAUAUAUGGUGGAUCCUUUUACAUAUACAGUAGAUGAAGAUUCAAACACUGGGAACUUCUGGCUGCUUGGUCUCAUACGAUGUUUUACAGACAUGCUGGAGAUCUUACCAGAGCAUCUUCGCACAGCCUGCGUCCUGCAGGUGGUCCCAUGUCGAUAUCUGCUGCAGACUGUACAUGAUGAAGCUGUCUCUUAUAUCCAGCACUUAAAGUCUUUAGCAUUUUCUGUAUACUGCCAGUGCAAACGGCCCGUAGCCACACAAAUUCCUAUCAAGCCACUAACUGGGUUUGGUCCAGCUUCUGCUCUAAAUGCUAUUCUGAAGAACUCUGAUCACCAGUUUCCUGGGCAGCUUUACUCUCCUCCUUUUCUGCUUUCCCCGACUAAAGACAAGCAGACAGAACUAGGAGAAACAUUUGGUGAGGCUGGGCAGAAGUACAAUGUGCUAUUUGUGGGAUAUUGCCUGUCCCAUGAUCAGCGCUGGCUGCUGGCUUCCUGUACUGAUUUACAAGGAGAGCUCCUGGAUACCUGCGUCGUAAACAUCCACGUGCCCAAUAGGUUUAGAAGAAGCAGAGUUUCAGCACGGAAAAUUGGGCUGCAGAAGUUAUGGGAGUGGUGUGUGGGUCUAAUGCAAAUGACAUCGUUGCCCUGGAGAGUGGUGAUCGGGCGCCUGGGACGACUGGGCCAUGGCGAGUUGAAAGAUUGGAGUAUUUUACUAGGAGAAUGCUCUCUACAGAACAUUAGCCGUCAGCUAAAAGAAGCAUGCAGAAUGUGUGGCAUUUCUGCUGCAGACUCGCCAUCUAUUCUUAGUGCCUGCCUUGUAGCAAUGGAACCACAGGGGUCCUUCAACGUGAUGCCAGAUGCAGUUACAAUGGGAUCGGUGUUUGGUCGAAGCACUGCUUUGAAUCUGCAGACUUCUCAGCUCAGCACGCCGCAAGAUGCCUCUUGCACCCAUAUCUUGGUGUUUCCUACUUCAGCCACCAUACAGGUUGCUCCUGCUCACUUCGCCAAUGAAGAUGGUUUUAGCAAUGAUGACAUGUUUGACCUGGCCUUUCCGGAUAUGCCUGAUAUGGAAAACGAUCUAGGAAUCCUAAUUCAAGGAAAUCUACAUUCUCCCCCCAACUCCUCUCCAGGAUCUCCCACAGGAAUUGGUGCUGGAUCGCAUUUCCAGCACAGUCGGAGCCAAGGUGAAAGGCUUCUCUCCAGAGAGACACCUGAAGAACUGAAGCAGCAGCCCUUGGCAUUAGGUUAUUAUGUGUCAACAGCCAAAGCUGAAAACCUGCCUGAGUGGUUCUGGUCAUCAUGUCCACAGGCUCAAAACCAAUGCCCCUUAUUUUUAAAGGCCUCUCUGCAUCAUCACAUCUCUGUGUCUCAGAGCGAUGACCUCAUUCCUGCACGCACUUCACAGCGUGUGCCUCAUCCUUUGGACUCAAAAACAACAUCAGAUGUUCUAAGGUUUGUUCUUGAGCAGUAUAACGCCCUAUCAUGGCUGACCUGUAACCCGGCCACUCAGGACCGGACCUCAUGUCUACCUGUUCACUUCACGGUGCUUACACAGAUGUACAACAUGGUAAUGGACAUUCUCUGAACAAUCCUCCCGGUAUCACAGAACGAUAUCUGAAGAUCUCCAGCCAGCAGUCGGAAUGCCCUAAGAUUUCUGUGCUCAGUGCUUGCUGUAGGACAUGUUGGUGUACCACAUCAGUGAAGAAAUGCACCUGGAGCUAUUGUCUGUGCUGCUAGCAGUAUGCACUAAAAACAAGCUUGGGCAUUCAUAGAAGCUAAUGCUGUGGAAAACUGCCAUAUUUCCCUGAACUAUCCAUUUCUAGUUGCAGUGUUUUAACGCAGACUAGAAAAUGAAAGCAAACAUCUGUUGUGAAAAACAAUUUGGUUUUCCUGUGAGCAAGCUAUAUUGAAUGCCCUCAUUUAAAUAAUAAACAUAUAAAGAUAACAUUAUGAACAGGUUUUAGCACAGGGCACAUUCCUAUCCAGUCUGUGUCUUCAGGUGCACACAAGUUAUAUAGCACUUUGUACUGCCCAUGCAGUUAUUGUAUCAGCUUCUUAAAAGCACAAUUACGCUGCAGAAUCCAGCUGCAGGUCUGCGGGAUUUUAUAAAAGAAAAGAAAAAAAAAUCUGUUGGUUGAAACGGAUUCCAGAUUCUUUCCUUCCUACAACUAUGAUGCACUGUGUAUUUAUUGCCUGAGUAGUUCGUAGAUAGCAAUAUGGCGGACAGUCAAAGCAGUCAUUUUUUGUGCCAAAUCUUUCUUCACAUAUAUGCCAAGCUUGUGUCAGUAUUGUUUCCACUAGAAGGUAUAAAUCGGGCUAAAAGUUCACAAGCUGCUGUACAGACAGAACAAUUGACCAAUAGAAAACUUGGGUUUUCUGAUUUUGUUAACUUUGUUGUUGCAAAGUAAAAUUGGAGCCUUCCUGCACCCAAGUCUUUCCAGUUUUACCAAUGCCUGAUGUACAGGUUGUUAUUAUAUGAACAGCUUGAACCUCGAUCAGUGUUAUCACAUCUGUGUUGGCCCCUGCGAUCAGAAGUAGCAGCCGUGGUUGUCAGCUUGGCAGUCUUGUAUGACUGUCUUUUCAU